UAGAGCGCGCGUGUGAUGUGUUUGUGUGUCCUCAGUGUUUUUCUCUCUUGCGUGUUUCAUUGAGUGUAAACGAAGUAUUGUCUCGGUGUAUUUAAGUGUUAAGACGAUGCAGGACACUACAGUGUGUGACAGUAAACAGAGCUUACAGGAGGAUCAAACCUCCACAGAGUCUCUGGAUUCUGUCUGUAACGCUGGAGAACAGCAGCAGAUCCUGCAGACCAAACUGAAGAUGUGUUCAGUCAAACUCAUCGACUGCACGAACCUCAUGAUGAAGAUUAAAACUGAACCCACAGAAAUCAAAACUGAACCCACAGAAAUCAAAACUGAACCCACAGAAAUCAAAACUGAACCCACAGAAAUCAAAACUGAACCCACAGAAGAGGAAGAUCGCACUGAGGAAGAUGAUGAUUUUAUUCCAUCAGGUGUGAAGAGUGAUUCAUGUUUGGAUAUAGAAAUAACGUCCUCAACAUCAAAAGAGCGACUGACAGCACAAACUCUUUCCUGUAUCACCUGUGGAAAGACAUUCAGCUCACAGAGACAUUUAGAGAGACAUGAGAGAAAACACACUGAACAGAAACUCUUCACCAGAUCUGAGAUCAGCUUUACCACCUCACAAGAGAAGAAACUUCAUUCAGAAGACCACAGAGAGAAGAAGAAGAAGAAGAAGUUUCACUGUGAGCAGUGUGGGAAGAUUUUUGGCUCUUCAUCUAAACUAAAUGUUCACAUGAGGACACACAGUGAUGAAAAGCCUUUCUACUGCACUGAAUGUGGAAAUUACUUCACAACCAAACAAAAUCUUAAAGUUCAUCAGAGAGUUCACACAGGAGAAAAACCUUACGAGUGUCCUCAUUGUGAGAAGAGAUUUAGCUGUAAAUAUAAUCUGAAGAGACACGUGCGUUCACACACCAAUGAGAGACCGUAUCAGUGCAGUGAAUGUGACAAAACCUUUAGGGAUUCAAGUUCAUUAAAAAAACACCAGAAUAUUCACUUUAAAGAGAAACUCUAUCAGUGUUCACACUGUGAUAAAUGUUUCCGUCAUGAAUAUCAGCUGAUAGUCCAUCAGAGAAUUCAUACUGGAGAGAAACCUUACGUUUGCGCUCAUUGUGGAAAGAGCUUCACUAGUUCAUCUCAAUUCAGAGUUCAUCAAAGAGUUCAUACUGGAGAGAAACCUCAUCACUGUAAUGUAUGUGGGAAGAGUUUUAGUCAAGGGUCUUCAUUACUAAAGCACAAGAGAAUUCAUACAGGUGAAAAACCUUUCAAAUGCUCUCAGUGUGACAUGACGUUUUCUUAUUCAGGUCACUUCAAAGUCCAUCAGAGAGUUCACACUGGAGAGAAACCUUACGCUUGCUCUCACUGUCGGAAGAGCUUCAGUAGUUCAUCUAAAUUAAUAGUUCAUGAGAGAGUUCAUACUGGAGAGAAACCUUAUCACUGUAGUGUCUGUGGGAAGAGUUUUAGUGAACAAACUACAUUACUAUGUCACAAGAGACUUCAUACAGGUGAAAAACCUUUCAAAUGCUCUCAGUGUGACAAGACGUUUGCUCAGUCAAGUUCCUUAAAAUACCAUCAGAGAGUUCAUACUGGAGAGAAACCUUAUCACUGUAGUGUCUGUGGGAAGAGUUUUAGUCAUGGGUCGUCAUUACUAAAGCACCAAAGAGUUCAUACAGGCGAUAAACCUUUCAAAUGUUCUCAGUGUAACAAGAUGUUUGCUUAUUCAGGUCAGUUACAAGCCCAUCAGAGAGUUCAUACUGGAGAGAAACCUUAUCACUGUAGUGUCUGUGGGAAGAGUUUUAGUCAACGGUCUUCAUUACUAAAGCACAAGAGGAUUCAUAAAUGCAAUCCACCGUGCCAUUUGCCGUUGCCAGUUAUAGGUCUCAUCACUGUAGUGUCUAUAGGUCAAACAAGAAGCCAUGCAAGACUGUUUCAACCAAUCUGUAAUAUUAACCAUAGAGUUGGUGAUUUUCUCAGCUACCUGAGAGAUACUGCUACCAUGAACAUACACUACAGUGUCAUCAGCAUACAUCUGGACAAACAGAUGAGUCUUGUCUCGGUGUAUUUAAGUGUUAAGACGAUGCGGGACACUACAGUGUGUGACAGUAAACAGAGCUUACAGGAGGAUCAAACCUCCACAGAGUCUCUGGAUUCUGUCUGUAACGCUGGAGAACAGCAACAGAUCCUGCAGACCAAACUGAAGAUGUGUUCAGUCAAACUCAUCGACUGCACGAACCUCAUGAUGAAGAUUAAAACUGAACCCACAGAAAUCAAAACUGAACCCACAGAAAUCAAAACUGAACCCACAGAAAUCAAAACUGAACCUACAGAAGAGGAAGAUCGCACUGAGGAAGAUGAUGAUUUUAUUCCAUCAGAUGUGAAGAGUGAUUCAUGUUUGGAUAUAGAAAUAACGUCCUCAACAUCAAAAGAGCGACUGACAGCACAAACUCUUUCCUGCAUCACCUGUGGAAAGACAUUCAGCUCACAGAGACUUUUAGAGAGACAUGAGAGAAAACACACAGAACAGAAACUCUUCACCAGAUCUGAGAUCAGCUUUACUACCUUACAAGAGAAGAAACUUCAUUCAGAAGACCACAGAGAGAAGAAGAAGAAGUUUCACUGUGAGCAGUGUGGGAAGAUUUUUGGCUCUUCAUCUAAACUAAAUGUUCACAUGAGGACACACAGUGAUGAAAAGCCUUUCAACUGCACUGAAUGUGGAAAUUACUUCACAACCAAACAAAAUCUUAAAGUUCAUCAGAGAGUUCACACAGGAGAAAAACCUUACGAGUGUCCUCGUUGUGAGAAGAGAUUUAGCUGUAAAUAUAAUCUGAAGAGACAUGUGCUUUUACACACCAAUGAGAGACCGUAUCAGUGCAGUGAAUGUGACAAAACCUUUAGGGAUUCAAGUUCAUUAAAAAAACACCAGAAUAUUCACUUUAAAGAGAAACUCUAUCAGUGUUCACACUGUGAUAAAUGUUUCGGUCAUGAAUAUCAGCUGAUAGUUCAUCAAAGAGUUCAUACUGGAGAGAAACCUCAUCACUGUAAUGUAUGUGGGAAGAGUUUUAGUCAAGGGUCUUCAUUACUAAAGCACAAGAGAAUUCAUACAGGUGAAAAACCUUUCAAAUGCUCUCAGUGUGACAUGACGUUUUCUUAUUCAGGUCACUUCAAAGUCCAUCAGAGAGUUCACACUGGAGAGAAACCUUACGCUUGCUCUCACUGUCGGAAGAGCUUCAGUAGUUCAUCUAAAUUAAUAGUUCAUCAGAGAGUUCAUACUGGAGAGAAACCUUAUCACUGUAGUGUCUGUGGGAAGAGUUUUAGUGAACAAACUACAUUACUAUGUCACAAGAGACUUCAUACAGGUGAAAAACCUUUCAAAUGCUCUCAGUGUGACAAGACGUUUGCUCAGUCAAGUUCCUUAAAAUACCAUCAGAGAGUUCAUACUGGAGAGAAACCUUAUCACUGUAGUGUCUGUGGGAAGAGUUUUAGUCAUGGGUCGUCAUUACUAAAGCACCAAAGAGUUCAUACAGGCGAUAAACCUUUCAAAUGUUCUCAGUGUAACAAGAUGUUUGCUUAUUCAGGUCAGUUACAAGCCCAUCAGAGAGUUCAUACUGGAGAGAAACCUUAUCACUGUAGUGUCUGUGGGAAGAGUUUUAGUCAACGGUCUUCAUUACUAAAGCACAAGAGGAUUCAUAAAUGCAAUCCACCGUGCCAUUUGCCGUUGCCAGUUAUAGGUCUCAUCACUGUAGUGUCUAUAGGUCAAACAAGAAGCCAUAUCUAAACAUGACUCAAAAGCGAAUGAGUUUUCUUUGGGCCAAGGCUCAUUUAAAAUGGACUUUGGCAAAGUGGAAAAAUGUUGUCAACUGUGGUCAGACGAAUCAAAAUUUGAAGUUCUUUUUGGAAAACUGGGAAGCAAUUUCAUCUGGACUAAAGAGGACAAGGACAUCCUAAGUUGUUAUUAGUGCUCAUUAAAGAAACCUGCAUCUCUGAUGGUUUGGGGUUGCAUGAGUGUGUGUGGCAUGGGCAGCUUACACAUCUGGAAAGGCACCAUCAAUGCUGAAAGGUUUAUACAAGUUGUAGAGCAACAUAUGCUCCCAUUCAGACGUCGUCUCUUUAGGGAAAACCUUGCAUUUUCCAACAUGACAAUUCCAGACCACAUACUGCAACAAUUACAACAUCAAGACUGCGUAGAAUAAGGAUCUGAAUACUGAAAUGGCCAGCCUGCAGUCCAGAUCUUUCACCCACAGAAAACAUUUGGCGCAUCAUAAAGAGGCGCAGCAUAAAGAGACAGUUCAGCAACUAGAAGCCUAUUUUAGACAAGAAUGGGACAACAUUUCUAUUCCUAAACAUUGGUCCUGCUCCAGCUGUUCCUUAUAUGUACAUUUAACUUUCCGGCCUCUUAUUGCUAACUGUCCCAACUUUUUUUUGAAUGUGUAGCUCUCAUGAAAUCCAAAAUGAGACAAUAUUUGGCAUGACAUUUCAAAAUGUAUCACUUUCAACAUUUUAUAUGUUAUCUUUAUUCUAUUGUGAAUAAAAUAUACGUUUAUGAGAUUUGUAAAUUAUUCCAUUACUUUUUUACUCCCAAUUUCUACAGUGUCCCAACCUUUUCUGAUUUAGGGUUGUACAACAACGCCCUCACUUGUAUGAUGUCACAGCAGUAGGCAGUGCAAAUAUAACGACACGCCUAUAAUCCCUCCCACUCUGAAGUAAUACUAACUCGAUGGAAAAGCUAACCAAGCCAAAGUGAAGUGAGCUGACCCGACCUGUCUCGAAAAUCAGUACGGCUCUGAAGGCCUGGUAGAGUAAUAAUUUGAAUGAAAAAUCAUUUGUAUUGUGUACAGUCGUGGCUCGACAGUCGAGGCGAGCUUGCUCAGGAAUGGCAGAAGGCAGGCGUGAGCGCAUCUGCACGCACAGUGAGGCGAAGACUUUUGGAAGAUGGCCUGGUGUCAAGAAGGGCAGAAAAGAAGCCACUUCUCUCCAAAAAACAAACAAACAUCAGGGCCAGCUUAAUCAUCUGCAGAAAGCAUAGUGAAUGGACUGCUGAGGACUGGCGCAAAGUCAUAUUCUCUGAUUAAGCCCCUUUCCGUUUGUUUGGGGCAUCUGGAAGGUGAGCACUACCAUGUGUCAUGCCAACAGUAAAGCAUCCUGAGACUAUUCAUGUGUGGGGUUGCUUCUCAUCCAAGGGAGAAGGCUCACUCACAAUUCUGCCCAAAAACACAGCCAUGAAUAAAGAAUGGUACCAAAACACCCUCCAACAGAUCACAAGACGUUAAAGGACAUGGCCAUAUAGAUAUUCUGCAUUGUAUAUUGUACACACACACGUUUACCUAAGA